AUGAGCAGAAGGUGGAUACAGAACCCUAACAGGUGUGCAGACGAAUACUUGGAUGGAAUCGAGGAAUUUAUUCACUUUGCACGGACACACAACCCGGGUGCAACUAGAAUCCGAUGUCCUUGUAGGAAGUGUAACAACAUGUUGUGGGAUACAAUUGAAAAUGUUCAAUUUCAUUUAGUAAGGAAUGGAAUGAUUGAGACAUACAGCAGGUGGAACCAUCACGGGGAACAAUUAGACAUUGGUUCGUCUUCAAGGGCCACAAGAGUGGACAAUGUUGAACCUAUUGUGGAUGCUAAUGAACAAGUCAUGGAUAUUAUACAUGAUGCUUUUCCAUUUGCAUCAACCAGCAGCAAUCAGGAAGGGGAAGAUGACGUGCCUACACCAAUGGAUAGUGCAGAGUUUGAACAGUAUGAAGAACUGUUAAGAAAUGCCAACCAAGAGUUAUAUCCGGGGUGCGAGAGCUUUUCCAUUCUGACGGCGAUUGUGGAGCUAAUGCAUGGAAAAUUAAAGUAUCGUAUGUCGAACUUGUGUUUCGAUUACUUUUUGGAGGUUUUCAAGAGAAUGCUUCCGACGGACAAUUGUUUGCCGAAAGACCACAGACAUGCACAGAAGAUGUUGAGUGGUCUUGGAUUGGGUUAUGAAAAAAUCCACGCUUGCAAAAACAAUUGCAUGUUAUUCUACAAAGAGUAUGAAACAUUGGAUACAUGCCCUAUAUGCAAUGAGUCGAGGUUCAAACAGACGUCUCAGAAUAGAAUGACUAAGGUUCCACAAAAAGUCAUGCGUUAUUUGCCCCUGAAGCCAAGAUUACAGCGAUUGUAUAUGUCGACUCAUACUGCCACAGACAUGAGAUGGCAUAAGGAAAAACGGGUAGGCGACGAUGUGAUGCGGCAUCCUGCAGAUGGGGAGGCAUGGAAAGAGUUCGAUCAAACGUUCCCCGAGUUUGCUGCUGAUCCCCGAAAUGUUAGGUUGGGACUUGCCACUGACGGAUUCAAUCCGUACGGGGUUCUAAACCAACACCACAGCACUUGGCCGAUUUUCGUAUUCCCAUAUAAUUUGCCUCCUUGGAAAUGCAUGAAAAAAGAGUACAUGAUGAUGACUGUUUUGAUAACUGAGGAUCCUGGGAGGUCAAUUGAUGUGUACUUAAGGCCGUUGGUUGAUGAGCUCAAGGAUUUAUGGACAAACGGUGUGCGUACGUACGAUAAAUCCUCUGGGAAGAUGUUCACUUUGCGGGCGGCAGUUAUGUGGACUGUGAAUGAUUUUCCCGCAUAUGCAAUGGUGUCAGGGUGGAGCACAAAAGGUUAUAUGGCAUGCCCUGUAUGCAAGGAAGAUGUAACUUCUGUUAGUCGGACCAGACCUGCUACACAUAUGAACUGGACGCACAAGUCUAUGUUUUUUGAGCUUCCAUAUUGGUCGAAACUAAAAUUGAGGCACAAUCUCGACGUUAUGCAUGUUGAGAAAAAUGUGUUUGACACAUUGAUGGGAACGAUUCUAGAUAUCAAGGAGAAGACAAAGGACACGAUAAAAGCUCGUCUUGAUUUGGAAAGAAUGGGCAUACGAAGGGGUUUAUGGCUGAAAAGGGGCAGUGAUAAAGCUAUAAGAGAUCUUGCAUUUUUUUCCAUGAAACCGAAUGACAGAAAAGUGUUUCUACAGUUUGUAUCGUCUGUAAAGUUUCCUGAUGGAUAUGCUUCUAAUAUCGCACAUUGCGUGAAUGUUGACGGGGGCAAAUUUACUGGACUCAAGAGCCAUGACUGCCAUGUGUUUAUGCAACGCCUACUUCCUAUGGGGAUUCGACACCUAUUGCCGGAAGAUGUAGUCAAGCCAAUCAUAUUGUUGUCCAGAUUUUUUUCCCAACUGACGGCAAAAACGUUGCGAAAGACAGACAUUGAGGAGUUGCGCCAUGACAUUGUCCAAGUCCUAUGCACAUUUGAGAUGAUAUUCCCGCCAGCUUUCUUCACAAGUAUGAUUCACGUGAUGGUUCACUUGCCAGAAGAGGCAUUGCUUGUUGGUCCCGUCAACUAUCGCUGGAUGUAUCCAAUAGAAAGGCUUUUCGGAGAGCUGAAAAAAAGCGUACGCAACAGAGCGAAGCCCGAAGGAUCAAUUGUAGAGGCUUGGGAACGUAUAUAUGCUAUACCAGAACUAGACCCAUAUGACGUCGACGUCGCUGACCAACGAUCAUCAUCUUGCAUGGAAAAUGAUGCGGAAACGCUUCGCGAUACAACUGUUGUUCAGGAACCGUUUCAGCUUGAAGGAGUGUCUUCAGGAGAAAUACCGAUUCAAUCCAUUACAAUUGACCUCGGUGAUCUUCCUAGAUACGAUGCUGCAGUGGGCCCCAACAAUGACGAUGAUGUAGUUAUGGAGGAGGAGGAGGAGGAGGAGGAUGAUUGGGAGACUGAAAGUGAUGAUAGCGAAGACAACGAAGGUUAUUAUAGUUCGGAUGAUGAAUAA